AAAUGGAGAUGGAUCUCAGCAAGGUCACUCUUGACAUUUUCACCAAGCUUGAACAGAAAUGGCUCUCCCACUGCAGGAAGACUCGUAUCCUUAGCAUCGACGGUGGUGGUACCACUGGCAUUGUCGCCGCUGCUUCUCUUCUUCACCUCGAACACCAGAUCCGCCUUCAGACCCGUGACCCUCACGCUCACAUCUCCGAUUUCUUCGACAUUGUUGCCGGCACUGGUAUCGGUGGCAUCCUCGCCGCCCUCCUUGUCGCCGACGACGGCUCC